GGCGCAUCUGCCGACUGCAACCGCCGCCGUCCAAGGUCAGCCCGCCCCAUCAAGCCGCGGCAACACCAUGCCAUGGGGCCAUUCGUCCGCUCCAACAUCGAGCGGUCGUGGAGAUGACGAGGGAGAUCCAAGAUUUACGCGGAGCAGAACCGGGGCGCAGAUGACAGAGAACGACCGUUCGAGGCCCUCCUCACCGCCGCCUCCAGCAAAAGAAGACAAGUCGUGGACCGACUCAAUACCACGCAGCAUCCGGGACCAUUUCAGUGUCCCGCACAACUGGCUCGCGCCGGUUGCUGCUGCGGGCCUCACCUUGGGUCUCUGGACCUUCUACCAGUCCUAUCUGCGCCGCUUUCCCGGGACGGACCAUAUCGCGCCCAGCUUCUUCCGCCGCCGCAGUCUGUUUGGCACGGUGACGAGCGUCGGGGACGGCGAUGGCUUCCACAUGUUCCACACCCCCGGCGGACGCCUGGCCGGCUGGGGCUGGCUGCGUCGUGUGCCCAAAGACCGGAAGGAACUGAAGGACCGGACCAUAUCCGUCCGCAUCGCCGGCAUCGACGCCCCCGAAGGUGCCCACUUCGGCAAGCCGGCGCAGCCGUUCGCGGCCGAGGCGCAGGCGUUCCUGGAGAGCUACGUGCUGCACCGGCGGGUGCGCGCCUACAUCUACAGGCGGGACCAGUACGAGCGCGUGGUGGCGACCGUGUACGUGCGCAGGCCGCCCUUCUUCUUCCCGCGCCGGGACGUCGGGCUGGAGAUGCUGAGACGCGGGCUGGCGACCACGUACGAGGGCAAGACGGGCGCCGAGUUCGGCGGGCCCAAGAUGGAGGCGCUGUACAAGGCGACCGAGGCGGCGGCGAGGAAGAAAGGCAGGGGUAUGUGGUCGGCCGAGAAGCAGCCGCUGUUUUUCUUUGGCAUGGGAAAGCGGCACGAGGAGCCUGUCGAAACCCCGAUGGCGUUCAAGAGGCGGAUGAAGAGUUUGGAUGAGGAGAAGGGCAAGGGGUGAUUGGCAUGGCAGGGCAUGACGUGGUGUAGCACGAAUGAAUGGACAUGAUACCCAGGAGAUCAAGGAUGGAGUUGUUGAGAGAUCUACGGUUCGAUCCUUAGUUGGAUCUCAGGAACGGACAUGCACGCCCGCGGCAUGGUUUUGCCAGCCACAUGGCAGUUUGGCGCAUGGAAAACCAGCCAGAGAUGUUUUUCCACAAGACAGCGGGAAACAUUCAGCACCCGGUCGCGCAGCUCGAUCAGUUGAUGCAAGCUCACCUACGUGCAUCCACCUAUAACUACAGCCCUUGCAUAUAGGAUGGAAGUCGACCGUUCCGAACC